AUGAAUUCAACAUUCUUCGAUCAAUUCAUAAGCCCUCAAAUCCUAGGAAUCCCACUGGCCAUCCUAGCCUUAUUAAUACCCCCAAUCAUAUUCCCAACCCUAAAUAACCGAUGAUUGACAAAUCGCUUAUCAACCAUCCAACUAUGAGCAAUUAACUUAUUCACAAAACAAUUAAUACUGCCAAUCAAUAAAAUAGGCCACCAAUGAUCUAUUAUCUUGACAUCACUUAUAAUCAUACUCUUAACAACUAAUCUAUUUGGACUCCUACCGUACACAUUCACUCCAACCACACAACUCUCUAUGAAUAUAGGAAUAGCUAUUCCAAUGUGACUAGCUAUAGUACUUUCCGGCCUCCGAAACCAACCAACUAAAUCAUUAGGACAUCUACUACCAGAAGGUACUCCAACCCUAUUAACUCCAACUCUUAUCAUUAUUGAAACAAUUAGCCUUUUCAUUCGACCAUUAGCCCUGGGCGUGCGACUUACAGCCAACUUAACAGCCGGCCAUUUAUUAAUCCAACUCACUUCCACCGCAACACUCUCCCUAUUAUCAACAAUACUUACCCUAUCUAUAAUAACCACUGUAAUCCUCCUAUUGUUGACAAUCCUGGAGCUAGCCGUAGCAAUAAUUCAAGCCUAUGUGUUUGUAUUAUUGCUAAGCCUAUAUCUUCAAGAAAACGUCUAA